AUGGACCCCAGCGUUGUUUCGGUCAAAGCAGCGAAGAAGGCCUCGAAGGCCAAGGUACCGAAGGUUGACACGAAGAAGCGCCGGAGGAAGGAGAGCUACGCAACCUACAUCUACAAGCUGUUGUCUCAGGUUCAUCCCGACACCGGAAUCUCCACGAAAACCAUGUCUAUCAUGACCUCGUUCGUCAAUGACAUUUUUGAGUGUAUUGCCAGUCCAAACUACUUGCUCACCACAACAAGCGCUCGACCAUCACGGGUAGAGAAAUCCAAACUGCAGUUCGGUUUCUGUUGCCCGAGGAUCUGGCCAAGCAUGCUGUCUCCGAGGGUACCAAGACGGUGA